ACCAGACACAGCGCCUGCCUUCUGCCUUUGCCGUGCCAGAGAAGCUGAAUGUAAAUAAAACGACGGGUUCGGUCAGAGGUUGCGAUGCGGAUGUCAGAUGCCGUGCCACACGCGCGUCUCCCGCAGCACACGAUUCCGAGCUCGUCGCAGAUAAUUGAUUAUGCUUGCGGAGUUGCGGGGUGCGACCGGGAGUCCGAGAACACAGCCGCAGCGAGAGGCCAGCAAGGUGGAUGCUGCGCUGCGACGCGCCCCCUGAAGCUCUAAGCUGAAUCGCGUGGAGUGCGUGCCGAGGCUCCCAGCUGAGUGCACGCGCGUGCGACGGAGAGGGACCGAGCCAGCCGGUGCGAGCACUCUCACAUGGCCUCCAUGCAGGACGGGGUGAACUUCACGGCUCCUCCCUACGGCAAGGUGCUGCUGCUCGGUGCCAUCGCCGCUGCCUCGGCCUUCGUGGUCACUAUCCUCAUUGUCGUGCUGUGUGUGGGCUGCCAGAGGAAGGGGAAGAAUCACAAUGGUUCUGGCGAGGAGAGAAAGCACAGACUCAUGGACAUGAGUAUAUUGCGGCAGUCCAAGCUGCGCUCCAUCAAGUCCUCGAAGAAGAACCGUCCCGCCAGCAUGGACCUCCUACUGCUUCCCAGCCGGCGCUCCAACUCGGAUCUGCGCUCGCAGGGCCGCCAGCUGCCUCAGAUCCCGUCCGGCGAGGACGGUGAGCACACAUAUGCUGAGGUGGGGCGGCGGUCCUCCCCCACCCGCUGUCCCGACGACGCCCUGCGGGGCCGCGCAGGAGAGACGGACACUCCCGCGCCGCCCGCCGUCCCCGCAAACACGCCGGCCCCGCCCGACCCGGACAGCGACGAACUGGAGGGCAGCAUUCCGGAGCCAGAGACCCUCCCCCAGGUGGUGAACCCACCCCCGCAGGCCCAGGAGACGGCAGAGUACGCCUGCAUCAGGAAGGUGCGCAAGGUGGACAAGGCAGCGCAGAAGAAAGACAACGGAACAGAGACAGAGGAGGGGCUCGGGCAGCAGCAGCAGCACAACAGCGGAGAAAUCCGCCAUGCCCCGCCCUCUCAUCCGGCACCGCCCCCGCCACACCCUCAUAGUCAGAAGAUCCCACGCAAGAACAUGGAGGCCUUCAACCUGCCGUCCUUCCCUAAGGAGGCAGUGUUUAUUGGAAAUGGAGAGGAAUACAUAUGGAAGCCUCCAGAAGAUGAUGACCUCAUGUUCCCACACAAGCACAUGGGUCCACUGAGUCCUCAUAUGGGAGACAGCAUGGCGUCAUCUGCAGCUGGGAUCUCAGAUAUGUACUCAAAGGUUUGUAAACCAGGCAAGAAGAAGAGAGGUAUGCCUGGGUCACCCACGGCCCCCAGAGACAUCAGUGGCUUUCGGACCUUGGCCCGCGCCGAACGCGGCGAGCGUGAUGGCGGCUUCAACGUGGUCGUAAAGCCACAAACGUGGGCACCGCCGGAAGGCAAAGGUUCGAGGGUGCCCCCCGGCUCCAUGGAGGACCACUGCUACGAGGCCAUCAGCACGGAGGAGACCGACCUGGCCUACGAGACCAUGGAGGGUGGAGGGGGUUGGAAGCGCGACAGGCCUCCGCCCAACACGAGCGCCACCCUCCGGCCCAAGAAGAAGAAGCCGCAGCAGCCGUUGCAGCAGCCGCCCCAACCGCCGCCUCCACCACCCCCCCAGCACACGCCCAAGCUGCAGCACCUCCCCGCCAAAGCCCUGCUGCUCCCCGGGGAGAACCUGUACGAGAGCAUCCCCGACCUCAAACAGGGCUCCACCACCUCCAGCACGACCACCAUCUUCACCUUUAAUGAUGGAAUGGAAAUGUAUGUCACUGGCCUGUAGGGGGAGCGCCAAAGCCCCAUCAAAGCUCUAUUUCUCGCUCUCUCUCUUUCUCUCUCUUUCUCGCUCUCUC